GAGAGGGAGUCGCGUAGAGAACGAGCGAAGGAGGGGACGGCCUGAAAAGCUCGGGCCAGGCUGGGUUCGAUCGCUCAAUAUCCAUCCCUUGGCCGGACGAGAGCGCCUGAGAACAGCGGCUCCAGACGAGGGCACGAAUCAACCCUUCCUUCUUUUGCGUCCUCGCCCGCGCCACUGUUCCAUCGGGAGACGAACAAGAUUAACUUGGAGGAACCAGAGGACCCGGAGAAAGGGAUUUGCACGCCGAUCGUUCGUGGUGGUACGCGAGAGAGCCAACCGAUCGCUCUCUGCAGUUUUCGUCUGAACCAUCGGAAUGGAGGGCAAGAAAGUCGAACAGUAUUACUCGCCGCCGCCGAAGCUUGGCAAAUGGGAAGGUUUCAGGAUCUUUGUAUGGAACUCCGAGACUGGACAAUUCCUCGGCCGUACGGGCGCCAGUUGGGGGAAGAUCUUAUUAUUCUACGUUAUUUUCUACGCGGUACUGGCUGGCUUCUUCGGGGCAAUGUUGACCGUUUUCUAUCAGACGUUAGACCCAAACGCGCCGAAAUGGCAAAUGAAUAAUUCCUUGAUCGGAAACAAUCCUGGACUCGGUUUCAGACCAAUGCCGCCACCAAGUAACGUCGACAGUACCUUGAUUUGGUACAAAGCCAGCGACGAAGGUAACUUCUUGCACUGGACCAGGGAAUUGGACAAGUUCCUCGAAGAGUACCAAAAAUCGUCCGCGUCCGCGAACGACGCCCAGAAGAGGAUGAUUUGCGACUACGACAAACGACCAACGCCUGGCAAAGUCUGCGACGUGGACAUGACGCUGUGGGGACAAUGCACGAAGGAAAACAAAUACGGCUUCAAUAGAUCCGCUCCUUGCAUUUUCUUGAAGCUGAACAAGAUCUUCGGCUGGAAGCCUGAAUAUUAUACCAACUCGAGCAACCUGCCGAGCAGCAUGCCCUCCGAUCUGAAAAAGCACAUCAAGCAAGAAGAGCAGGGCAACAGGUUGGACACCGUUUGGGUAUCGUGUGCCGGUGAAAAUCCAGCCGAUGUUGAGAACAUGGGGGCGAUUCAGUACAUUCCACGUCGUGGUUUCCCUGGCUACUAUUUCCCCUUCACAAAUACUCCAGGAUACCUUAGCCCUCUCGUGGCUGUUUUCUUCGAGAGGCCUAAAUAUGGUGUUCUGAUCAAUAUCGAAUGCAAGGCCUGGGCGCACAACAUCAUUCACGACAGAUUCGAGAGGCGCGGCUCGGUACACUUCGAGCUAAUGGUGGAUUAAGCGCAGCACUUGCCACCUUUUGUAAGACCACUACCAACUGCGUCCAAGAAAAAGUAGGAAGAAGGAGAAUAAGACAAAUUUCUUUUUUAAUCAAUCUCGCUGGCGGAUCGUGACCACUCCUUCUUUCCUCCGGUUUCUCUCUGCCGACGAUACCGCCCUAGCCGCGUUUUAUUAUCGUAGAUCCGUCAGAAGCUCACGCUCAUUCUAUCACCAUACUCAUCUUCGAAGUGGAUUCUCUUCAUUGUGAUCUUUACCGUCGUUUCUCAUCGUCGCGCUUCUUACUACCAUUAAAAAAAAAAAGGAAUCGUUCUUCGAAAGAUCGUUGUUCGUGUUCGUUUCAUUUGUCACACACACACACAUACACACAUAUAUACACGGUACUCACAUAAACGACACACGAUGCGUAGGGCCGCCGCGCGAUCACCGCCGUCGCUUCCACGGGCAAACAAAAAAGAAAAAAAAAAAAAGAAAAAUGUAAAAAAAAAAACGGUUUAUCACAGAACGGUAGAACGGACCAGUGAAAUUGGCUAUAUAUAUAUACCAAGCUGUACACACAGGAUGAUACAUGAACUGUUAUGUAUCGUGAUGCACAAAAAAAAAAAAAAAAAACACAAGUUCAGCGGAAAAUUUCUGCACAAAACGAACGGCGGUAUAUCCUUUCUUUCUAUCGGGGGCGAAGGGGAGUGGUCGGUACUGUCAGGAUCUAAGUAUCGUUAUCGGGGGUAUUCGUUGGAACGCGUAAGAAGUUUUCCCUCACUUGUUUCGCCCCGUUUUUGCGAGUUUUUUCGCUUUUCGUCGUGGUUCUUCUGUUUCCGUUCACGGUCUCGUUGCGGGCUUUGGGGGCGCGUCAGUAACACGUUCAUUUCGUUACUUUUGUCCUCGGACUCGUUGGUACUCGCCUGGUCGACGAGACCGCUAACGUGUAGGGUACACUGAGGAUAACUGAUACUCUUAGUUCGUGCCACGUAGACGUAUUAAUGAAAAUGGAAAAAAAAUACUUAGUGUCUUUACGCCCGUCGGUACGGUGCACCCGGCACGGUGGAACUUUUGAUUUCGAAUUCCACGAAGAAGCUCUCGGACGCGGCUCUCGGGCGAAUCUCGAUCGAAAGUUCCGCCGUUUCGGGGCUGAAUGGCGAGGGAACGUCCGCAAAAUCGAAAUUCACACGCAACGAUAAUGGGAUCGUCGAAACGAACGCGACGACGACGACCAUUCGUCCAUUUUGAGGCGUUUCGCGCGGUGGAACUUUUGAUUGAAUAUGUCCCAUAACAUUCCCCCGCCAGUGUUCCUAAUAUAUUUCUGUCUUGGAUCGUUGGAUCUCACGUUCGACGCAGAGUUAGGUUAUGGACACUGCUUGCGUGUACAGCGAACGUGCUUUAAUGGCGGUAACGUUGCUAUUUAUUUAUUUAUCGUAAAUACAAUGGAUGGUAUCGAGGACGUAGGAAAUUCUAAAUUAAAGAUUUGACGAAAGAGAACGUAUUACGUUUUUUCAAUUGGCGAUUGUAAAUUCGGUGAAUGUAACGGCUUCCGUGUCGUUGCCGCCAUUAGCGUGAACGUAGACGCCAAGAGUGCGCGCAUGCGCCGUACGCCAUAUUCGAAAAGAAGCGAAAGUAGCGAAAGGGUGCGAACAUUUCGUUGGAUUUCGAUUUGUCGAGAGAAGAGCGCGCGCAGAUCGCAGGGGAAAAGUUUAAUCAGCCUAGUGAUAACCGUACGACACCGUAUGGAAUAUGUAUUUAUGAUUAUAUUGUACCGCAUGAUAAUAUCUAGCGCUAGUCCACGCAAUCGUAUAGUCGAUAGGUUGUAUCAUACAGUCUGGAGAUCAGAGGAAUUAUGUUCUAUUUCGGCGGACUUAACUAUCGAAUCGCAAAAGGUUCGUUCAUACUUUGAUUCCGAUCGCGUUUCUCGUGAUUACACGCGUUCGAUAGAGCGAGCGCUGCUUUAGAUUUAUUUGCUUAUCGUUGGAGCAUCGUUCAUCGUCAUUGUUUUCCAUUCGUUCGAGACUCGAGUCGCGUAAAAUACAAAAAAAAAAAAAAAGAAGACAAACAUGGCGUCGAAUCAUCUGCGUUUCAUUCCUUCCUGUUUUUACGGCGAUCAAUCGCGUCACGUAUACUUAAAGCGAAACAUAGAAUGUUUGGCACCUCUGAUCUCCCGUCUUUGUGGCUUGUACUUAGAAACAAAACUGGUUGUCCCGAGAGCUUGUUCGUUUCUUCGAAUGACAGCGUUUGCGCGGUGGUCGUCGCCCCUUUGCAUCUGGAUCCUUGGCUCGCGGUUUAUACUCGAUGGACAUUCGACGGGGGUACGAAAUAUUAUAACGCUGAUCGACUAAACGAGGAUCCGUUUACUCCUCAAUUAUUUCCAGAUUACGCUUAUACGUUCACUACCAAAGAAAGAGAAAAAAAAAAAAUAAGAAAAAGAAAAAUCAUACUGCCAAAUAUAAUACGUUCCCUAAUGAAUAUAAUCUGUUACCUGUUACGCGAGUAAUUGUUCGUUCUCAGAUAAUUUAUUGGGAAUUUUAAAGUUCGUUGCACUCUACGUUGAUUUUUAACCGCCAUGUUGUACGCUGCGAAAUAUAGUAUUUACGUGUUACGAUUAAUCUUUCGUUUGUGGGAUUGGUGUUUCGAAAAAGGCAAAUCGAUUCUGAUAGUAUGAACGAUCUCGGUACUUAAAAAAGAUAAAAAAAAAAAAAGAAACAAUAAAAAAAGACAUCAAAAGAAUUUACAUUAAAUUCUCGGUGAAAGCGUAGCGAAGGAUCAUUCUCGCUUACGGUUUAAGUGGACAAAACGAUAGUACAAAGAUUAUUGAUCGAGCGAUCCGAAACGGGCGGCGACUUCGACCUGUGAGCGCUGCCAAAAACAAAUCAUAAUUUGAUUGCUGUUUAUUAAUCGUCGUAACGAGCGAUUAUUAUUAUUAUCGUUAUUAUUAUUAUUUUCUUGGGUCCUCGCCCGGAGCCAUGUUGAAAUAAGACAAAAAAAAAAAAACUUACCAUAGAUUAAUCGUCAAUGAUACUAUUAACUUUUAAGAAAAAAAAAAAAAAAAACACGGAAAGAGAGAAAGAAAGGGAGAAGCAGAGUGCAUCAGAUGAUACGAAAACGAUGGCAUUGAUGGGGUGAUGAUGACGAUGAUGGUAAUGAUGAAUCUCACAUUGACGGUUGUAAUGUACUAUUUAGGAAUUAUUACACGUGUAUAGCGCAUCGUUCGAGAUCGACUAUAUGUAUGUAUAUUCAUCAUUAUGAACGAGUUGUUUCUAAUAAUAACAUCUGUUGUUGGGAGUCACGGUUUCGCACGAGCGUGAAAAUGAGGAAAAAAAAGAAAAUAUGAAUAAAACGAGAAAGACGUGGAAAGGACAGGGAAGGCAAAUACUAGUCACGAAUCAGAUUCAGUCGAGUAAUCAUGCUUAAAGUUUCUUCGAUCGUCGGCAUGGUGCGUUCGCGUUUCGAAACCGAGCUGGGCGAUAAUCCAAAGAAUCAGGGUAGAAAGCUGGUAAAAAAAAAUAAAUUAUUAAACUUACACGUUGUUUGCGUCGGUCGAAUGUACUGUCGGAAGUACGCGCGAUCUACCUGCAAACUUCACUUUUAUUUUCCAGAUUCUACGUGGAACGUGUUUCCGGUGUGAUAAUUGUUAUCUCGAUUAGCGCGUUGAGUAUGAACGUGAGACGUAUGCGUAUGAGCGUAGAUGAAAAAAAAAAUUUGUGUUGAAAACAAAGAAAAAAAGAGGGGGAAAAAAGUAAACAAAACAUCGCGAGGCUGCAAGCUGUAAAGAUAUAUUUAAAGAUUAAAUAUCAGGUAUAUAUGGCAUUAUACGUAUAGUUAAAAAAGUCGUCGACGAUACGUAAGUACGCGUGUCGUCGUAUCUAAUUAUAUGUUAUCGAUACGUCUUAAGAUAUUGCUACCACCGACGAUGGAAUUCCCGAACGACCUUUAAUAUUAGCAGAAUUUCGACAGAACUCACGAAUAACAUGACAUGUGAACGCUAAAUAAACAGCAAAGAAUAACGGAAUAUUGUUCUAAUUAAGAUAAUUAAUCUCAUUAAGUAAGUUUAAGCGAGAUUCGUAUAUUGUAAAGCAUAUAUGCAUGCAUACUCGUUAUAUACUUAUCCGUUAAAGGAAUACCAAACGAUAAUACGUGUGUAUAAAAUAUUUAAGGAUCGUCUUAUAUUGUAUACAUGCGUUGGAAACCGCUCAUUUCAGCACGAGAAUUAAUCCUAUAUCGAUACAUGCGUAGGUCACAUCACAAAUCGAAAUGGGAACCGACGACGACGAGCCGAUAUGUAUUAUUGCGUCGGGAGAACAGCCGAUGAAACGAGAAAUAUUCGAUACACGGAACUUGUGGUCACCGGAAGCGAUAUCAGAUUUCCUUUUUCAAGACACCUUGUCCGCCCGGAUGAACCAUGGAUUCGUCUCGAUGGCCCAAAUUAACGAUCGUCCCCAAACGAAACGGACGUACAUUUCUCAAUUCGAUAUGCUCGGUUAAAUGAUCAAAGGAAGAUGUCUAUGAUUUCUGUUUGACAAAACUAAGAGGACUCGGUGUACUGAAAAAGGAAAGCAGUGGAUACCGAUAGAGAUUGAAAGAUUCAUAAACGCAUACGGCCGCAUCUACUUUUCAUACCCUUGUAACUUUCUAUGUAUAGGAAAGAGGUUCAUCAAAGGAAGCUAACCGAACGUGAUAUUAAGACAUAAAAAGAAAUUAUAUA